AUGGCCAAGCAGCUGACACGGAAAGGAGUCCGAAUCUUGGGCCGGCUGCUAGUCCGAUUGACUAUCGCGCUUCGUAACUAUGUGGUAGAAGCGGCCGUAUGGAGUCUCCCUUCCCCUUAUUCUAUCUACGCAGAUGGCGCCCCGUCAGCCAUAAUCCAGGUCUUCAACUGGAUUCGUCAAGACGAAAAUUGUCGCCACAUUGAUAUCACCGUUCUUGGUGGAUUUUUGAGAUUCUACCGUAUGCAUGUCGAUAAGCAGUGUAUAGAUAUCGCUGUGAGGAAUCUGUCUGCGCUCAAACAUAUAUUCAAACGCCUGAGACAGCCUGGGUCUCCUUUGAGCCUGGAAGAUGAUUAUUGGAUUUUCCAGGAUAAAUUUUAUCUCAAUUUCAUUUCGGUGCACGACUAUCUUCCCAUCCUUGACACGAAUCACGGGUCCAAGAACAGGACCGGGGCAGACUCUUCCAAGGUCGACUGCUCCAAGGCCGGUCCCUCCAAUAUCGACUCCUCCAAGGCCAGCUUUCUCAAGGCCACCUCCUCGAAGAUCAAUGAAAAUUCCUUGGACAUGGUGCCGGCCAGGUUCCCAAUCGCUCCCACCGGCGCUAUCAUCCUGCAGGCAUACUAUGGGCUCAGAGACCGAUAUGAGGUACCGCGUCAUUGGAUGCGAGAACUCUUCGGUGAAGUCUCCCGCCGAUAUCCUUCACGGCGGGGUACUCGAAUUAUCUGUCAGGCUCCUGGAGACUCGGUAUACGUCACCAAGAACAUAAUGGCUGGGGGGGUGUGUCUCAGUGCUCUGUCCUUGGUAUACCUCUUCUCCUCUUUUUUGUGGGCGCCCUUGUGCCUCUUAGCGCAGUUCUUGGCCAGUUUUUCGUGGCUCUUUCGUCGCUGA